UCUGUAUGAAGCAAUUAGUUUAUACAGGGAAAAAGAAUGAUUGCGUCCAAGGGGCAUGAAGGGACAAACUGGAGAGUCCAUCAGUUAUGUAUUGUUCAUUAGAUGUCCUUGCCGGUAUUGUUGGGGGACUGCUUGGUCCAGGAGGAGGCUUUAUUUUAGGUCCACUCUUUUGGAGGCUGGCAUCCCUCGACAGGUCUGAAGUGCAACAGCAACCUUUGCCAUGGCAUUCUCCUCAUCCAUCUCUCUACUUUAUCGCAAUGGCAGCAGUGGCUGCAAUUGUUGUCCAACGUGUGUUGAGAAGACUAAUUGUCUUGAUGGGGAGGGCAUCACUUAUGAUCUUCAUAUUGGCUUUCACAAUCUUCAUGAGUGCAAUCUCAUUAGGUGGAGUUGGAACUGCACACACGAUAAAAGAAAAAAAAGGAAAGAAGUACGUGCAAUUCGAGACCCUCGGCAAGUAUCAAGACUAGGAACAGAGGGAAAAAUAUAACUUUUGAGUUAAAAGAUUUAUGAUGAGAUUGAUUGAGUUUGUUUCAUUAUAUCUGAGCUCUCAAUUCUUUUUCUUUUUAUUAGGAAGGUACUCAAGGUGUGGCCCAUUUAG